CUUCCUUCCCACCCACCCACCGAUCAACCCUUUGGCUGUCUGUCUCUUUGUUUAUUCCCUGGUUCCUUCUUGCCAGUCUCCAGCAAUCAAUCCCGGAUUCUCCCGAGUUGUUACUCGGAUCAUCUCACUGGCAUAUAGUUGGUAAAAAUGCCUCGUCCUGGCUCUGUCCUCCUUGCUUUUAGCCACCACGAACUCUUUAAAUAUCCUGCCCAGUGAGAGUGCUCUCAGCCGUGGCCCAGGCCUCUUGCACAUCUUGGGCAUGGCUGGCCUUGCUUGCGUUUCUUGCGUCUCCCCUCCCCUCCCUUCCUUGCCAGGAUCAGGAUCUGCCUUCUGCCCUGCCUCUGUUUUCUGCCGCAUGUGCUUUGGCCCGCCCUCCAAAACCUGCAUCCCCUCCACCAUCCCAGUCACAAUUUUCAUGUGCCUGACGUAUGGGAAAAUAGGAACCCCGUCGUGCCCUGGCCUGCCACUGCCACUGCCACUGCCACUGCCAGCCUUUGACCUUCCUCCUCUCGGGAAGAUGCAACUACUGGAUAAUUUUCGUUACCUCACUUUGUCCCGAUCAAGGAAAUCCGUGAAGCGUGCUGAACACCACAGACAGAUGACUAUCUACGUGUAACUCCCUCAACAUCGCACCACCGCAACCUCGAAAAAUACUUCAACGCAGCUGCAUCCACAUCCCUUCGAGUCCGAGAAUAAGGUAGAGCUUGAGCGACCUCAAGAAGCUCACGACAUCCACAAGAACUUCCUCCAAGAUUCUACUUCCUCGGAUUGCUUUAAUCGGACACCUCCUCCCGGUAUCGUCGUCGCCAGCUUACCCGACUUCUAGAGCUUUCGUUGUACUACGCUGCUCCUGAACACAGCCAUUCUCAGGCAAACAUCAGCCCACAUCUUGUCCCGAUCAGUGUCAGCGCUCUUCCCCUCCUUUGACAAACCCCUCAUUACUACCAUACGAAAGUCCAUGAUUGCGCAAUUUCGAGAUCUCAACUCAAGUUUCUCUGUUCGACCCUUCAUACUGCGACCUGGCCUUGAGCUUCCGCGCAAGCUGUUAAAAUGACCGUCUUUGUGGUUUCACUGUUUCUUCCCAAUACCAUCAACUUCACACUCCCAACCAAUUCCUCGAGAGGUCGACCCUCCCCUCCUCGACGAACAACGACGAGGAUUGAUACGUCUGGCAAGCCAAGUCUUUUCGCCCAACAACGCGACCUUACCCCUCCACAGACACCGACUGUAGACGCAGACCACGAUAGCUUCUUUGCUGCGAGCGAGAACCAAGAUUUGCGCGGGCACUUUCCCAAGCAAGAGAAUCACAGAUCUACAAUUGCCCCCAGCGAUCCACACUCUCCUGCUUGGGGGUCUGGUCGUCUCUUUACCCAACCUCGAUCAAGAGCAAGCUCUCCUCCGCCAGCGGAUAUAUUGAAGCACAAUAAGACUGUUGCGAAGGCUAGUGUUCUUGGACGAGCAGGUGUCAAACAGCCACAACUUGGAAGAAGCGAUAGUCAUGAUCGCGUCUUCGCCCAUGCUGAUUGGACUGUGGUACCUGCUGACCAAGGUAAUGGUGGACUUCGAAAUGCUGUCCAAGCUGCGGUGAGAAAUGGGAAGCUACAUGACAAGAUCUGGGUUGGAACACUUGGAAUGCCAACGGACGCUCUCGAGGAUACCCAGCAAAAGCAAGAUAUUGAGGAUCGAUUGGCUACUGAAUACGACUCCUUGACCGUCUUCUGCAAGGACAGCGAUUUCGACGGACACUACACUCACUACUGCAAGCAGAUUCUCUGGCCAGUCUUCCAUUAUCAGAUCCCGGACAACCCAAAGAGCAAGGCAUAUGAGGACCACUCAUGGAUAUACUAUGUUGCUGUUAACCAAGCUUUUGCCGACAAGAUUGUCAAGAACUGGAAGCGUGGAGAUAUCAUCUGGGUUCACGACUACCAUCUUCUGUUAGUGCCAUCCAUGGUGCGAAAGAAGCUACCAGAUGCGAAGAUUGGGUUCUUCCUCCACGUUGCUUUCCCAUCGUCAGAGGUAUUUCGAUGCUUAGCUGUACGAAAAGAGCUUUUGGAGGGCAUGCUUGGUGCCAAUCUCAUCGGUUUCCAAAUCCACGAGUAUGCUCGCCAUUUCCUCCAAACUUGCAGCAGGCUGCUUUGUGUUGAGGCAACGAACGAUGGUGUCCAGCUAGAGGACCGGUUUGUCGAUGUUAUUGAUCUUGCAAUUGGUAUCGACCCCGUCGCAUUGGAUAUGAACCGUGCAGAUCCGGAUGUUGCCGAGUGGCUGAAGACCAUGCAGGAUCGCUAUCGUGGUAAGAAGUUGAUCGUUGCAAGAGACAAAUUGGAUCACGUGCGAGGUGUUAGACAAAAGCUUCUGGCUUACGAGCUGUUCUUGAACAAAUACCCGGAAUGGAGAGAUAAUGUGGUGAUGAUACAAGUUGCGACUUCGACUACCGAACAAGCCGAGCUGGAUGCCACUGUCUCGGACAUCGUCACUAGAGUCAACUCAUCCUGGGCAAACCUUGCCUAUCAACCUCUGGUCUACCUGAAGCAAGACAUCAGCUAUCCGCAAUACUUGGCCUUGCUGACAGUCGCUGAUGCUCUGAUGAUUGCGAGUCAGCGUGAGGGAAUGAACUUGACUUCUCACGAAUAUCUAUUCUGCCAAGACGGCAAAUUCAAGGGACACAACAAGAACGGCUCUCUCAUUCUGAGCGAAUUCACUGGAAGUGCGUCAGUCUUUGGUGGCAACGAACUUUCUGUCAAUCCAUGGGAUUAUCGACAGUGUGCCGAUGCCAUUAAGCAAGCCUUAGAAAUGGAGGACGACGAGAAGAAGAGUCGAUGGGACAAAUUAUACCAGGCCGUCAUGCAUCAUACUGCCGAGCAUUGGUUUACUGCUUUCCUGACAAGACUCAAUAAGGUGUAUGAUGAGCAACAUCGCCGAGACACUACUUCUGUUCCUCGCCUGUCAAUCAACCAGCUGGGACGACAAUACCAGCAAUCAGAACGAAGACUCUUCAUUCUUGAUUACGAGGGAACUCUUGCUUCUUGGGGUUCACCUAACGACAUCAUUCUCACGAGUCCUCAACGCACUCUUGACGUCUUGAACGACAUUCUUCAAGAUGAGCGUAAUACAGUGUACGUCAUGUCAGGUCGUCAACCUGAAGAGCUUGACAGACUGUUUAAGCGCGUUCCAAAUCUUGGACUUAUCGCGGAGAAUGGGUGCUUCCUCAAGGAAUUUGGCACGUCGACGUGGGUCGAGAUGGCCGAUCCCGAAAAGAUGCGCGCUUGGAAGGAAUCCGUUGAAGGUAUCAUGCAGUAUUAUCACGAGCGUACCCCCGGGUCGUGGAUCGAGCCAAGACAUUGCAGUCUCAUUUUCCACUACAAGAGCUGUGAGGAUCAAGAGAGUGCAAGUCGGCAAGCUGGUGAUUGUGCCAGUCAUAUCAACGAUGCUUGUGAAGAGCAGAGAGUACGGGCUAUCCCAAUUGAAGGUGCCGUUAUUGUCGAGCCUAUUGACUGGUCCAAGGGAACUGCAGCCAUGCAGAUUUUCGAUGGCCUGAAGAAGAACAUGGCACCCAAUGCUGACGAAACCUCACCCGUUGAUUUCCUCAUGGUAGCUGGUGAUGGUCGCGAUGAUGAGGUUAUCUUCCGCUGGGCCAACGAGCUUGGUCGCGAUGGCAAUGUCAAGAAUGUCACAACUGUUAGUUUGGGAAGUCGCAAUACUGAGGCAGGAUGUACGCUCACACAGGGAGUUACUGGUGUUCUUACGGUUCUUCAAAAGCUCGCUAUGAUUGCGUAAUUUCAUUUCAUCGAGGCGAUGGAAGUGUCAAAUCAACUUGCUCUUCUUCUCCGACCAGCAACGUUCUUUAGCGGGAUCUUUCGACGUUCUUUUGCAGCCCAUUUCUUGGUGUUUCCUUGGUCGCGAAAGUGUUUGAUGGAGGGUGCAGCAUAGCAAGGGCGUAACAAUGGGUAUUCAUAGGGACGGAAUGAUGGGAUUUUCUUGGACGUCCAAGCAUACAAUACGAUGUGUUAUGGAGUGGAAUGGUGUGAUAUCAAGGUAUGCUUUGAGAUGAGCAGACAUAUGAAGAAGAGCUUCGAUGGGGCCAAAAAAUGAGUAGUGGAAGCAUACAAGAGCGAUUACUAGGUAGCUACGGGCGGUCGGGCGGUCUUAGUGAUAGCUUGCUUACUGUGGGGGAAAUGAAUGACUGAAUGAAAAUGACUUGAUUGAGGACU